AUGGCAUCGCUCUUGAAUAACGAUAUCAACACCCUCAUUACGCUGCCCCCAAGCGUUUUCGAGCAAAUUGCCAAACACCUCUCUCCCACCGAUUUGGUACAUCUGCGGCAGACAUGCCAUGCACUUUCCUUUGACGAGAUUGCCCCUACAGCGGCAUAUCAUCUCGCUCACCUCCAUUUCAUUCCUCAAGCCGGACUCUUAUUUUGUCUCGCCACGGGCCUGUUCACCGUUGCACCCAUUGACGUGCACACUCAGAUUGUGCGGUAUAGCGUAGCUGCGGGCGGAAUCGAUUCCAGACGUCGCGCACUCGGCUUAUAUUGGAGUUUGUUCGCAGUCGCGCGGGUAGGCUUGCCGGCUCUCGACACAGCCAGGCGCUACAAGGAUGUUUAUUAUGCCUUGAAAAGCGGAAUCCUCUACUCGCCGCCGUCGAACAGGUGGAUUGAGGUUUUGGCAAACGGUGACCGACCCGUUUGUCUCACGACACCGGACAAAUACCCUAGCAUGGACGUCUUGAAGGCGUUCGGGACAAGGCGGUUGGCCGUGGCUCAAAGCCUGGUGCGGGCCAUUCAGUCAAUUCCAGGGCUGGAUCUCGACAUAUCCAAAUUCAAGACGUACGCCCUGAUGGUGGGCGAGGCCUGUUUUGUUGGCGACGAGGAUCUGGUGCAACUCUUUCUGGAGACAUUCGGACGGCCAACCCGAGGGCCAAAGGUAGCUAUGGAAUCGGCUGAGUUUCCGGAUCCAAAUUUCAGACCCGCAAUCCUUGCGUUGCUGGAACAAUUCAACGUUCCAGCCGUCUUUACGCGGUGGUCUUGA